AUGUUCGUGUUCAAGGCGAUCAAGGAGUUCUUGGGACGCCAUAAUUCCUCCUCUCCUUCCAGUCGAGCGACAUCUGAAGAACCCGACAACGCAGUCACCGAUGACUCGCCUACAAUUGCAAAGGUACGAGAUAAGGGCGAGACUGAAUUGCACGAUAUUGCGGCCAAGUUGGAUAUGUCCAUUGCAGCGAAUCCGGCGAUGAAGAGCCACGACCAUCCCUCCGACGACUAUUUUCCGCGCAUGUACAAACAAUUCCGGCAUGGCUUCAGCACCUCCAGAGGCUCAUGGGACAGCCGUUCUUGGAUGGCCUUCGACAUGUUCAAAUGGUCCGAAAUCUACACUGCGGAGCGAGAUGCUGGGCUGCUUCCCACAGACCAAGAUCACGGUUCGCUCCCGAUGCACUGGACACUGUGUAUGGCCAUGAUACUGUACAUGGUCCUGCUCGUGACGAGGCAAAGCCUGGACUGUAUCAUGAAGGACAUUCUACGGAGGCUCAAGGACUUUCCACACCUGGCCACCACUCGCCUGCGACUCCAGACACCGGAGAUGCGGCAGCUCAGAUACGCGGAAAGGCAGACCGUGAGAGGCUCGGAGGCAUUUAACCGGUCGCUGGGAAAUAUGGCGCUUGAGCUUUCGGUUGCGCUGGGGAAGGUCAAAAAGGUACACGGCAAUGAUGAAGCUGAGGAAGAGGUCAGGCGGAUACCAAUAUGUGAGGUGCUGCGACGCGAAAUCCACACAGAACAUCCUCAGCUGGAACUCCCAGAUCUGACCAUGCCAGUGAUGGAGGUUUGA